AUGGACCUCUCCAUAACUGUUACACGCAGACAGAAAGGGAAAGUAACGACGGAGAGAAGGAUUAAGUGGUUCAAACUGAAAGACCAAGAUCUUAAACAUACCUUUAAAGAUAGAUUGCUAAGUGAUCUGGACAUGGAAAUAGAAGAGGUAAACGGAUGGUGGAAUAGAGUGAGUGAAACCAUCUUGAGAGUUGGAAAAGAAGUGCUCGGUGAAAGUAGUGGCAAGAUAUGGGAAAAUAAAGAGACAUGGUGGUUUAAUGAAGAGGUGCAGCAGAAAAUACAAGCAAAGAAGAUGGCAAAGAAAAGAUGGGAAACAACAAGGCUAGAUAUAGAUAAGGAGUAUUACAAACUGUGCAGUAAGGAAGCGAAAAGAACUGUAGCAAUUGCUAAGUCGGAUGGGUAUGACAACCUUUAUGAAGAGUUGGAUACCGAGGAAGGUCAACGGAGAGUAUUUAAGUUGGCCAAGAUGAGAAACAAGAGCACAAAGGACAUUACGCAUGUUAGACAGGUCAAGGAUGAAAGGGGGAUUGUGAUACAAAAGGAAAGUGAUAUUCUAAUAAGGUGGAAAGAAUAUUUUGAGAAGUUGCCAAAUGUAGAAAAUGAGAGAUUCAUUAGAGAUGAUGGAGAACCGAAUGAACAAUUAGUAGGAGAAGUGACAAGACAAGAGGUUGAAGGAGCACUGAAGAAAAUGAAAAAUGGCAAAGCAACAGGGCCCGACGGAAUACCAGUAGAAGUGUGGAAAGUCUUGGAAGGAGAAGGAGUGGACAUGUUGCACCAACUGAUCAGAAAAAUAAUGGAGAAGGAAGUUAUACCAGAAAAGUGGAGAGAAAGUACCCUGAUACCUAUAUUUAAGGAGAAGGGAGACAUCCAGAGCUGUGAGAACUAUCGAGGGAUAAAGCUAAUGUCUCAUACCCUUUAA